AUGGCGUCCCCGCCAAACAGCAACGAUAAAAAACCACACAUCACGACCAUCUUAGCCACAGAAGCACACCAGUUUGAGCAAGCCCACGAAUUUUUGAGCAAUUUUUACCCUACAAUAAUACUGGAUUUGUGUUUCCCACCACUCGGUCACACCAUACUCGCCUAUGCCACUCCAAGUUCCUCCACGACCGUCCCAGCCACGGAAUCGGCUUCCGGUCCACAGACUCAACCCUUAGGUACAUUGGUAGGCUGUAUGUCAUUUGGGGAACUUGCAGAUAUGCCCUCUCGUACACCAAUGUGCGAAAUACGAUACGCCUUUACUAUUUCCAAACACGAUUACGGCAUUGCCUCUCACCUCGUCUCUUGUGUCAUUCAGACCGCAAGGGAUAUGGCAUUUGAUUGUGUUUUUGUGACUACAGUAGCUAGCAUGCGUCAUUCCGUAAAGCUAUAUGAAGAACUUGGCUUUCAGAUCAUUGAGGCUUACCGUGACACUACCAGCGAAGGAAAGACAUUUCUGAAAAUUUUACUAUGA